AUGAGGAAAUCCGGAAUUAAACGGCGUCUUCAAGAAAAUGGGUCUGAAAUUAUGGAAGAUGAUGAAGAUUCUCGUAAUUCGCAUGGAGUUGUUGCUGUUAAUGUUCCUGCUGGCAAGGAAAAAGACUCUGAAUUUCAACCAAGUAAAAACAGCAAGUUAACUAACUUAGAUGAAGAAGUAUUGGUAAAUGGAAUUGUUAAAGAUCCAACAAAAACUGAUAUUUCACAAGCACAAGCAAUUGAGCAGACGCAUUAUAUUAUUGUUCCAUCAUAUGCAAGUCUUCCUGAGUUUUUUAAUGGACUUAAUAAAAGCAAAACUCCAGAAGUUUACGUUUAUUAUAGAAAUUUUAUUGUGGACACAUACCGUUUAAAUCCCUUUGAAUAUCUUAGUGCUACAGCUUGUCGUAGAAAUUUAAGUGGUGAUGUAUGUGCAAUCCUUCGUGUUCAUCAAUUUCUUGAACAAUGGGGACUGAUUAAUUAUCAGGUUGCAUCAGAGAGUAGACCAACUCCUGUUGUACCACCAUCAACGGCACAUUUUAUGGUUUUGGCUGAUACACCAAUGGGAAUUCAACCUCUUGUUAGGCAUGGAAAUAUAAUUAAGAAAGAGGAAGUAACUGAAACAUCCACUGAAAAAAACAAUAAAGAAUCAGAUGAAGCAGAGGUUGAUGAAAAUAUUCCUCUUCAUAGAAGACCAAAAACUUUUGUAAGUAGUUUAAAAACAGAUCAAUAUAGUAAAGCUAUUGCUAAUAUGAAGGCUAAAGGUGCUUUACCAGGAAAAGAAUGGUCAGAUCAAGAAACACUUUUACUUUUAGAAGGUUUAGAAUUGUAUAGAGAUGAUUGGAACAAGGUUUCUGACCAUGUUAGCACUCGUUCACAGUAUGAGUGUAUAUUAAAAUUUUUACAGCUUCCUAUUAAGGAUUCAUUUUUGGAUGAUGCUAAAGAUUUUGAUACUGUUUUAAAUAAUGAUAAUGGACCCUUACCAUUUUCACAAGCUGGUAACCCAGUAAUGUCUACAGUUGCUUUUCUAGCUUCGAUGGUUGAUCCUCGUGUUUCACAGGCUGCAGCUAAAGCUGCAUUAGAACAAUAUUCAAAAGUAAAAGAUGAACUUCCACCUGUUGUUCAAGAAGCUCAUAAACGAAAUGUUGCUCAACAUUAUGCUGAUACUGGAAAAUUAAAUGCUACAGUUGGUCUUGAGGCUAUUAUACCUGGAUCAGAAACUAAAGAUAGUGAAGCAAUGGAAACUGGUGAAAAUGAUUCUGUUAACGAAUUAGCUAAAGAGGCUAAGAAGUUAUCAGAUGAAACAAUUAGUACUGCGGCAGCUGCUGCUCUAGGUGCUGCUGCAGCAAAAUCAAAACAAUUAGCUGUUGUUGAAGAGAGGAAAAUGAAAUCAUUAGUUGGACAGAUUGUUGAAUUGCAGAUUAAAAAACUUGAUUGUAAGAUGAAAUGUUUUGAGGAAUUGGAAAACAUUAUUGAUAAAGAAAGAGAGCUUUUGGAAUUACAACAAACACAAUUAUUAAUAGAAAGACAACAAUUCCAUGCAGAUCAAAUGAGAUAUUUAGAUUCUAGAGCAAGAAUGGAUGCUCAACAACAAUUAGUUACUGAAGGGAAACUUCCUUCACAAUUACCACCAGGAUUUGAAGUUAGUGGUCCACCACCACCAACGCAAACAAUAAUUGCUUCACCAUCUACCACAAUUUCUAAACCUGAAGUUGAAACAAGUAUUAAAUCAGAAUCUUCAAGUGAAAAUACUCCUGCUCAAGUUCAACGGCAAGUUCCACCACCUGUACAACAACCAAUGCAAAAUCAAAUGCAACCACAACAGAUGCCACAACAGCAACAAUUACCACCACCUCCUCAACAACAGCAACAACAGCAGAUUCCUCCACCACAAUCUCAUCAACCUCCAGUUGGACCUCCACAACAAAUGAUGCAACAACCUGCUUCAUAUCCUCCACCGCAGCAACCUGGACAAUAUCCACCUAUGCAGCAACAAUACCCACCACAACAUGCAUCUCAGCCUCCCUAUCAACAUGGUUAUCCACCACAACAAACGUAUGGAGGACAACCACAGGCUCAUUAUCAACAGCCACAACAACCUGGUUAUUAUAAUACACAACCAGCUCCACCACGGCAACCUUAUCCACAACAGUAUCCACCAAUGCAAUCUUAUCCAGGACAGCCACAACAAGGAUAUCCUCCUCAACAAAAUGUCAGGCAACAGUAUGCUCCACCACCACCACAAAACCAAAUGUGGGGUGCAGGUCCUCCUAUGGGAUAA